CUAAAUGUCAGGUCUGGUUUUUGUUUUGUUUUGUUUUUGUAGGUUAUGGAGACGAAGGAUAUGCUUUAUAUUGUCACUGAGUUUGCAAAAAACGGAGAGAUGUUCGAUUAUCUGACUUCCAAUGGACACCUCAGUGAGAACGAGGCACGCAAGAAGUUCUGGCAGAUUCUGUCUGCCGUGGAGUACUGCCAUGACCACCACAUUGUGCACCGGGACCUCAAGACAGAGAACCUGCUGCUGGAUGGCAACAUGGACAUCAAGCUGGCAGAUUUUGGGUUUGGGAAUUUCUACAAUCCUGGAGAGCCCCUGUCCACAUGGUGUGGGAGUCCCCCAUACGCAGCCCCCGAAGUCUUUGAGGGAAAAGAGUAUGAAGGCCCCCAGCUGGACAUCUGGAGCCUCGGCGUUGUGCUGUAUGUCCUGGUGUGUGGCUCUCUUCCUUUUGAUGGGCCCAACCUGCCAACGCUGAGACAGCGGGUGCUGGAGGGUCGCUUCCGAAUCCCCUUCUUCAUGUCUCAAGACUGUGAGACGCUGAUCCGCCGCAUGCUGGCGGUGGACCCCACCAAACGCAUCUCCAUCGCCCAGAUCCGCCAGCACCGCUGGAUGCAGGCGGACCCCACGCUAGCCCCGCGGCCUGGCCCUGCCCUCUCCACGCAGGCCUACUCCUCCAACCUGGGCGACUACAACGAGCAGGCGCUGGGCAUCAUGCAGGCCCUGGGCAUCGACCGGCAGAGGACGGUGGAGUCUCUGCAGAACAGCAGCUACAACCACUUCGCCGCCAUCUACUACCUCCUGCUCGAGCGUCUCAGGGAGCAUCGCAGUUCACAGCUGCCCGCCCGGCCCCUGCCCGCCCGGCAGCCUCGGCCCAGGAGCUCAGACCUCAGCGGGCUGGAGGCUCCACACGACGGCUUCCCCAGUGACCCUUUCCGACCGUCCCUGCUGUGCCCACAGCCCCAGGCCCUGGCGCAGUCUGUCCUGCAGGCGGAGCUGGACUGCGACCUGCAGCACGUGUGCGGCUCCGCGUGCAGCCGCCACGUGCCUGGCUGUGCAGACUCCGGGCAGACCCGGCAGACUCGGGUGGACGAUGUUCACGAUGGCGAGCACCACCCCAGCCGGGAGCCACGAGGACUCGGGAGCAGCUCCGCACACCUAGUGAGCACAGUAAACAGCGGCGUCCGCAGACGCCCAUGGACCAUCUCCAAGGUCAGCCUGCGCUCCAAGGUCAGCCUGCGCUCCAGGCUGCUGUUGGAGCCAGGAGGAGACAGGGCCCCACGGCCCAGUCUGGACCUCUGUGCCCAGGAGCGCGCAGUGUGCCUGUGCGCUGGUGGGAAGUUCAAGGUGGCCCGGCAGAGGGAUGCAGGCGGCCGCCUGCCUGGGUUCACCGGUGGGGACACGGCUCGGCAGGCACUGGUGCUCGGGCCACGUGAGGGCUCCCCAACCCUGCUGUCACCCAAGACGGGCCACGGAGCUCACGCUGGGCAGUGCAGCACUGAGCCCGCGUCACCCUGCUCCGAGAAGGCCUCUGGCAUUCUGAGCGGUCGAAGGCCCUCGGUGUGCAGCGGAGUCGGUGCAGCAGCCCAGGACACUCAGAAGGAGGCCAAAGCCACGUGCCAUCCUCAUGGGAAGGACUCGGGCCCCAGCCCGGAGUCUGCGCAGCCUGGAGCCUGCCCAGCCCGGAGCCUGCCCCAGCCCGGAGCCUGCCCAGCCCGGAGCCUGCCCCAGCCCGGAGCCUGCGCAGCCCGGAGCCUGCCCAGCCCAGAGCCUGCCCAGCCCAGAGCCUGCCCUCCUCGGCUGGUCUCUGCUGCUUGGUCUGUCAAUGGUGCUCUACCUGCUACCAGCUAUGCCCCAGUGGCCUGGGGCCCAGGGCUGAAAGGGCGCAGCCCGGGCCCCGCCCCACGCCUGGGGGAAAGGGAAAUGGGAGCUGGAGGGGAAGAGUUUGCCCAGCUGGUGGUGAGACCAAGCACUGCCCCCUGCUCACCACGGCCAGAGCCCUGGACGCGGGCAGAGGCUGCCCCGGGGCCCCAGAUUGCCCAUAGCACAGAGGUGACCCCAUUGGGACACGGGGUUCUGGCUCAGUUUGCCCAGCAGAUUCAGAGGUGGGAGCGUGGCAGCGGGGAUCCCCCAGGGCUCCCCGGGACCUCCCCCCUCCCCCGCAAACCUGCAUUCUCUGCUGCGGCCUCUACCUGCUCUUCCCCGGCCGCGGCUGCCUCUGCCCCAGACCCCGCUGCCCCCGAGAGGCCGUGGUCCCGGCGCUGCCCUGAGACGGGUCUGGAGCCGCAGGCUAGCUCCCCGGCGGGAUGGGGGCACGGAACCCCGUGGACCUGCAGGGAGCAAAGCCUGCGCAUCAGCGCAGAGCAGGCGCCCCUGCCCGCCAGGCCCCUGCAGCAGUGCCUCGCCGGGCGGCCGCAGGGGGACUGCGAGAUGGAGGACCUGGCCCCCAGCCCGCGGGGGACGGCCGUCCUGGUGCAGUGAGCCCCUCGGUCGCCACUCUUCCAAGCAAUAAUUUCAGAUAUGUGAAGAUGGUUUCUGACUCAAAGCCAAGAACUUUCUCGAAGCGAAGCAAGCAAUAUGUUAGGUGUUCGGGCCUGUUUAUUUUGGUUUUGCUUUUUCUUGCACUGAGUGGCCUCAACUGUGGAAGCUUCUGGAAGAAAAAUGAUGGUUGGGGGUGUGCCGUGAGGGUGGGGGAGCAGGGCAAGGGAAGACGGACGGCUUCCACCCAUAGACAGCAGAGCAGAGGAGCAGAGGCACGAGUGAGCCUCGAGCCAGCGCUGUCUGCGCUGUCUGCGGCGUGUGUCCCUGCGUGCCCAUUGCGGUACGUUUUGGUUUUCAAGUUGCCAGUUCUCCACUUCCUGGAACAUGCGUGCUUCGAUGAGACUGAACUCCGCCGCCGCUCGGCCCAGGUGCGUCUGCAUUCUUGGAAUUCUCCCCAGAAGGCGCAGAACUCCUCCGGUUCAGCAGAGCUGCUUCCACUGUUGAGGGUCUGUUUCCAGAAUUCUCCCGAGAACCACGUGGGACUGGGAAGGAACAGAAGGCCCAGACUUGUCCCAGAUGCACACACCUCGAGGACGCCAAUGAGUUUCUGCUGUAUCUCAUUUUCGCUGCUAAUAACUAAGUUCUUAUGCAUUUCGUUGCCAGGGUCCAACAAGGACUCCUGACUUGGGGGAAAUAGUGCAAUAUCACGGGCUGUGGCUGGGCCGGGCGCGGGCGGGCAGACGCUCACUGGCUGUUCACCGGCUGUGACCCAGCUGCCCUCGGACCGGGCCCCUCCCCAGCCCCCCUGGCCCCCCGGCCCGGGCUGCUGUGGCGUGGCUUUCCUGCAAGGCCAAUGAGAUGAGAAGUCUGGGCGGUGUUUGUAAAGCGCUGUUCCUGUUUUUAAGCAAAUGCUGUAUAUGUGUACAAUCAGGAAACACAUGGACACGACUUAUUUUUUAUACUUUGUACUACACUUUUGUGUUUCCGAUUUAAACCUCGCGCAGUCACGUUGGCACCGGGCUGCACUGAGGAGGGGCUGAGGCGCUGGGGUCCUGGGCCCCGUCCGUCCCGGUGGGCGGACGCAGCCGCCCGCCCCCUGCCAGCGCCCCCCUCCCUCCCUGCCAGGUGCCUUCAGCUUAGACCUGCAGUGUUACAGGAAGGGGGAAGGCGGGUAUUCCUAAAAGCCAAAGAUUGACUGAGUUACUUGAGGGCGGGCCGGGCGCAAGCGCCUUGUGUGGUCUCCGCCCUGCCGCCCAGCGGCCUCUGUGCUCCAUGCUGAGCCCGCCAGCUCCGCCACAUGCUCUGUGGCUGGCUAAAUGUGGACUAAGGGUUCCCCCCGGGAGUGGACUGGCACCUGCCACAGAAAACACCAAAGCCUCCCGCCUGCCAACCCUGUGUUGGGGGCCGGGGGCGUGUGCCCUGCCUGGUCCCGUGUCCACAGAGGCAGCUCAGCGGCCCUCGCAGUCCCGUCCCCUCCCGCCCUCUCGGUUCCUGUCCCCAGGCCUCGGCACCCUGCCUGUCUGAAGCAGUGGCGAGCACUUUACUCUCACGGUGGUUUUGUUUGGGGAUGGCUUCGACCCUCUGAGUGUCCUGCAGACGGUCCUGCCACAGCUUCUUGAAGACGCUAUGUGACCUGCUUGAUGUGUACACAACUGGUUUGUUUUUACUACACCUGAAUUCUUUCGUUUCUUACGUUAACAUGAGAAAUGUAUGCCAAAUGGUUAGUUGAUGUAUGUUUUUUUUAAUUUAAUAUUUAAAUAAAAUAUUUGGGGGAACCUUGA